UUGUCGUUUUCUGCAUAUAUAAAUAUGUGCACAUGUAAUACUUCUGUGCCAUCCUUUCUAUUAGUGAGGGUUUGGGAAGUGGUGCCAACAAAGAUGACACGCAGUCAGGACAUGGUGGUGGUGAUGAUGCUACUACAUGGAGUAAUGGGCACCAUGGUCAAACUGAACAAUGGUGGCUUUGAAGACAUUGUUAUUGCAAUUAAUCCAAUGAUACCUGAAGAUGACAAAAUUGUUACCAGUAUAAAGGAUAUGGUUAAAGAAGCAUCCAAUUAUCUUAUCAAUGCUACGGAACAAAGAUUUUACUUUAAGUCUGUAAAAAUUAUAAUUCCAUUGACAUGGAUACCAAAAAAAGAAUAUAAAAGAGUAACAAGAGAAUCCUAUGAAAAGGCCGACAUCAUAGUAGCCGAUCCUUAUUUGAAAUCUGGAGAUGACCCCUAUACGUUACAGUAUGGAGGUUGUGGGAAGCCAGGACGAUACAUUCAUUUCACGCCAACAUUCCUGACAAGUGACAGUUUGCAUGAUGUUUAUGGAUCUCGAGGCAGAGUCCUUGUCCAUGAGUGGGCUCAUCUAAGAUGGGGUGUCUUUGAUGAAUAUAAUUAUGAUGCUCCUUUUUAUGUUUCUGAGAAAAAGAAAGUUGAGGCAACAAGAUGUUCAGCUAAUGUCACUGGUAUAUACAUAUUUCCAACUGGACCAAGACAACACAGAAAGUGCAAAUUUCUUCAUAACACUCAGAUAUAUGAACCUGGAUGUCAGUUUAUACCAGAUAAAUCCCAAAGCGUUCCAGAGUCUAUAAUGUAUAUGCAAAGUCUGUCUUCUGUUACUAUGUUCUGUAAUAAAAGUAAUCAUAAUAUCGAAGCAACAAAUAUGCAAAAUAAAUUCUGCAACUAUAAGAGUACAUGGGAAGUUAUUAUGAAUUCCACUGACUUUGCCAAUUCUUCUAUAAUAAAUACUCCUCUGCCUGACCCCACUAUCACCUUGAUGCAAGCACAUGACAGAGUUGUAUGCUUAGUGCUUGAUGUUUCUGGAAGUAUGAGCACGUAUGAUCGCAUUGGUCGUCUGAAGCGAGCUGCAGAAUUGUUCCUUCGACAGAUUAUUGAAACUAGUUCCUGGGUUGGAAUUGUAACAUUUGAAUCCCGUGCAACAGUUAAGACUAUUUUGAAACAGAUUGUCAGUGACAAAGUACGGGAAGAUCUUGUGAAAUAUUUGCCUACCACAGCUGGCGGAGGAACUAACAUUUGUGCUGGAGUGCGCGAAGGAUUUCAGGUGUUUAGAUUAAAAUAUGGAAGUACUGAAGGGUGUGAAAUUGUGCUCUUGACAGAUGGAGAAGACACAACUAUGCGCUCUUGCUUUGAUGAAGUUAAAAGUAGCGGGUCAAUAAUUCACACCAUUGCUUUGGGGCCAAGUGCCGCAAAAGAGCUAGAAAUGCUGGCAGACAUGACAGGAGGAUUAAAACUUGCUGCCACUGAUAGUUUGGAUACCAAUGGUCUCAUCGAUGCUUUCAGCGGAAUUUCAUCAGAAAGUGGAAAUAUUGCUCAACAGUCGAUUCAGCUUGAAAGUAAAAGUCACAAAGUCGAUCCCUACAAAUUUCUUAAUGGUAUUGUAUUCAUCGAUUACACUGUAGGAAAUGACACUUUUUUUGUAGUUACAUGGACUGAAACCUAUCCUAAACCUGGAAUUCUUCUGACGGAUCCAAAAGGGAAAACAUAUGAUCAUGACAAUUUUACAGUUGAUAGCACCAAUCUCAAAACAGCUCGACUUCAGAUUAAUGGGACUGCGGAGGUGGGAGAUUGGUCUUACAUACUUUAUAAUACAUUGUCAAAGGCUCAGGUGCUAUCAAUCACAGUAACCAGUCGAGCGGCCUCUCUAACGGAACCUCCAGUAAUUGUGAAGUCCUACUUAAGUAGUGAUGCAAAUGCUUUUCCCAAUCCAAUUAUUAUUUAUGCAGAAGUCAGUCAAGGAUUUUUGCCAGUACUUGGUGCAAAUGUUAUAGCCACCAUUGAAUCAACUUCUGGAAUUGAAGAACUAGAGCUUUUGGACAAGGGUUCUGGUGCAGAUAUUAUCAAGAAUGAUGGAAUCUACUCAAGAUACUUCACGUCAUUCAAAGUCAAUGGUAGAUACAGCAUAAAGGUGCAUGUCCAAGGGAGAGAUAGGACCAGUCGACAAACCCGCCGACAGAAUCAAGCUCUGUAUGUUCCAGGCUACAGGCUAGAAAAUGGUGAAAUAAAAAUGAAUGCACCAAGACCGGAAGCCAGUGAUAAUGAUACCCAAGCAAACCUUGGAAAAUUCAACAGAAUUGCUUCAGGAGGUUCUUUUGUAAUGUCAGGAGUGACUUCUGGAAGUCCUCUUGAUGUCUUUCCGCCAUCUCGAGUUACUGAUCUUGAAGUAAAACUCAGUGAUGAGGAUGAAUUCCUUUUGUCAUGGACAGCUCCCGGGAACGAUUAUGAUAAGGGGAAAGCUGAAAAAUAUGAAAUAAAAAUGAGUGGAAAUCCUGCGGAGUUAAGAGAUACAUUUCAAAGUGCCAUAUCUGUGAACACAUCUGAUCUGAAACCUGACGUUGCUGGGGUCAAACAGUCCUUUCAGUAUAAGUUGGAAAACUUCACAGAAGAAAAUGGCACAGCAGUUUACUUUGCCAUUCGUGCCACUGAUGGCAGCGACAAUGUUGGGGAAGUAUCUAAUAUAGCAAGAGCAGUUGUGCUUCCAUUGCUCUCUACCCCUCCCAGUCCAACCAAUCCUUAUAGCUCUACUCCUCCCAGUCCAACCGAUCCUUAUAGCUCUACUCCUCCCAGUCCAACCGAUCCUUAUAGCUCUACUCCUCCCAGUCCAACCGAUCCUUAUAGCUCUACUCCUCCCAGUCCAACCGAUCCUUAUAGCUCUACUCCUCCCAGUCCAACCAAUCCUUACAUUACAAACACCACUUUUCGGGUGGAAGCUCCCCAUAAUGGAACCAACAGUGUGAUAAAUGAGGUGACUUUAAUUGUUAUCAUAGUGUGUGCUGCUCUAAUUAUUAUUUGUGGUUGCAUAUGUAUAACUAUUUGUGUUUUACAUAAGCAAAAAAAAGUAAAUUCUGAAACUUUAAUGUAAAAAGUAAGAAUCCAAAGCUAUAGAACAGAAAGAGAAUAAAUACAAUCAGUGCUAGUAACUCGUCAGUUAACAUUUGCUCCAGUCUUUCUGAAGUUUAAUACAGAAUAAAUUUAAUUGAUUCCAAA